CUGCCUGGCUGGCUAAGCUUUCUAACACUACACUAAGACUGUUCAUUUAGAGUCCUUUUAAGAUUUUUGUAAUACUUUUCCUUUUUAGGAAACAAAUGUUUUAUCCCAUAAGACAAAAGCUGAGAACAAAAUACACACUGGUUCAAAUUCACUAGUGUCAACUCAGCUCUGGGAUCUUUAUUAUUAUUAUUAUUAUUAUUAUUAUUAUUAUUAUUAUUAUUAUUAUUUGUUUUUUUUCUUUUAGCACAACUUUUACCCAAAGUUCAGUUUUUCAAUUCUUUUUUUUUUUUUUUUUUCCCAGUGUGUGAUUUGGAUCUCUUUUUGUGAAAGGAAAAUAAACCUGUCUGUGUUACAAAACUAGUGUAACAUCGCAGGUCUUCUCGUUUAGUAAAAAAACUCACAGCAGACAGCUCAGACCAGACCCAUGGCUUGUAACACACUCCAAAGCAUCAUUUCAUACACAUUAAAACAAGAUCAAGUACGCAGCAUGUACUGCAUUCAUAUACAGUGUGUUUAUAUGAUGUGUGCGUGUGAGAUAACUAUUAUAAAUAUAUAUAUAUAUAUAUAUAUAUAUAUAUAUAUAUAUAUAUAUAUAUAUAUAUAUAUAUAUAUACUGUAUAUAUACGGCAUUGAAACACUUCAGUUAUACUUUGUAAAAAAAUGUUUUUAAUAAAACCCAAACUGUUUCAGGAUUUGCUAACACAGUGACUGUCUUAUUCGAUAAGGUACACAGAAAAGGAUCAUUUUGUUUUUCUUUACCAUUUCACAGCCUCUUUCUUUCUCUCAUUUAGUUUACACACUGAAAUGUACAGUAUGACCCUUAUAAAAUUUUACUGCAGUAUUUCUGCAGUAUUACCAUGCUUUUCCCUUAGUUAUUAUAUCAAUUUACCAUAGUUUACUAUGUUUAUUAAUAUGCUUUACCAUACCUGGCUAUUCUUUAAAAUGCUUACCUAUACUUUACCAUGUUUUCAUGAUUUAUUACUGAGUUUUUCUAUGGGACACUUUUAUAAGGGGAAUCCUAUUACUGCUUUUUGGUUGUUAACUUACCCAAUACAGCCACCUAGUGGCCACAUUUUGUAAUUGUGUCUAGUCAAGAGUUUCAAGCCUGUGAGCUGCAGUACCAACCUUGGCAGAGAUUAAUACCAUAGAGCUAUUAGUAGUGUUGUCCAAGCAAUUUAACAGUGCAUUGAGAAGAGCUGAAGUUCUGGGAGGCAGUGUUAACUUGUGGUUAGAGCUGAGUGAUUGGAGCUGAUGGACUGGGAAGCAGUGUUCCAGUGGGCCGAGCUGAGAGACUCUGGUGAUCCUUAGCUUAUCUUGACCUAUAACAGUCAGACUCUCAAUCCCUCCCCUUCAGCCGAUACCCAGGCACCUGUUCCUUUUGAUUCAGUUGAAACAGCCCUCCAGGUACGCCUGUUUGCUUAGCGAAGGAGAGGGAAGAAAGACAUGUUAUCUUGAUCAGUCAGGAAAAACACAGCAGAGAGCAGACACCUAGCAGAAUGGCGCCCACUCUUAAUGGCCUGCUGGCCGUCUGGAUAUUCACUUUAAAUAUUGGUAAGUAUCCCUUUCCUUUUCAAGGGACAGAGUGCUAUAAUAGGAUUGAUUUAGAAAUACUAAAGGAAGCUUAAAUUCAACGAUAAACAUUUAGAAUGGAAGUCAAAUUGAAGACAUUGAAAAAGACGUUUUGUCAUGGAGUUUAUUCAAGUUUCUUUUAUAUUUGUAAAUGUAGCCAUAUAGAUUGUAUAAUAAGAGUACGCACUGAUGAGGAGAUGGAAGAAGCUGGACGUUUUUCCUCUAAACUUUGCUCUUGACUAUUCUUUUUUUAAACAGACCACAAACUAAUUUCCAACAGCAAACGAAGAAAAUGUGAAAUGAAAGGUUUUUCUACAGACAUUAGGAACACACUUUUCAAGUUUAUUCAAGUUUCUUUUAUAUUUGUAAAUGUAGCCAUAUAGAUUGUAUAAUAAGAGUACGCACUGAUGAGGAGAUGGAAGAAGCUGGACGUUUUUCCUCUAAACUUUGCUCCUGACCAUUCUUUUUUUAAACAGACCAAAAACUAAUUUCCAACAGCAAACGAAGAAAAUGUGAAAUGAAAGGUUUUUCUACAGACAUUAAGAUCACACUUUUUGACCCCACCAUUGCAUGAUGACGUCUCAGUAUGUUUAUGUAAUAGAAGGUGAUCUCUAACUAAAUUCUACUGAUUUUUUGUCUGUCAUAUAUUAAAACUCCAGUUUAAAAACCCCAUCGAAUUGGGCGUUACUAUAGAUGUUAGCAAAAUAGAACUCAGAAACUAUUUAAAAACGAAACCAUGUCUUCUUGUGUGAACGCCACACCUGACCUUAUCAGGUAAAUAUUGUUUUUACUGAAUUCAUACAUGAAGGCCAGUCUUCACUAAUGUGCAGCCUGAUAGGAACUAUUGACAAAGCAACACCUGGAAAAGAAACGUACACAAAAUCCCCUAGAAAUGUGGAUUUGAAAUUCACUUUAAUAAAAAACAUCUGACUGCUUUCCUAUACAGCAGCCUGAGCAGCUCAUUUGUUUCUCUUCCAAAUCUAGAUGCUGCCUUCUCUAUGGAUAUCACUGUGCCAACAGAUCCAGUUUAUGGAAACAUGGGAUCGUCUGUCGACCUGCCAUGUAAAUACAGCACCAGCACCAUCGAAAAAGGAUUUAACGUGGAGUGGCGCUUUGCAGCCCCCGGAACUCUUCCGAUCAACGCAAAGAGGAUGCUGUACUUUGACGGGCAGCUGUACCAGAUCAACUCUCUGAGGGGUAGGAUGCAGCUGCUCCAGGACCCGCCCACUGGAGGAAUCGCCUCGGUCAGGAUCAUUGAUCUGCAGCCCUCGGACUCGGGAGUGUAUAUCUGUGAGGUCAUCAACCCAGGAGACUGGAGUGGAACAGGGCAGGGGGUCAUCAACCUGACCGUGCUCAUGCCUCCCUCUCCCCCGGAGUGCAGAGUGACAGGGAAUACCCUAGUCGGUAAUGACGUGACUCUCAGCUGCCAUUCCUCACAGGGAGUCCCUCAGCCCAUCUACACCUGGACCAGAGAGAAGACUGCAGCACAGAUCCCAGUGCCAGAGGCCAACAUGGUGCAAGACCAGCUGUCCGGCUCGCUGCUGCUACGGAACCUAUCCUACGCCUUCAACGGACCAUUCCAGUGCCGGGCCUCCAACGAGAUAGGUGCUGCCAGCUGCACAGUCAACAUCAGAGUGUCCACUAGCAAUGCGGGGGUGGUGGCGGGGGCUGUGAUGGGGGCCCUUCUGUUUCUCCUCCUCCUGGCUGGGGUGGCUGGGUACGUCUUCUGGUACAGGAAAAAUCACCCCAAAGCGCCCACAGUUGGAAACGACAUACGGGAGGAUGCCAUGGCCCCUUCCUUUAAGACUCCAAGGCAUGACUAUGAAGAGACCGAGUCCCACCUCCUGAGCCGCUCCCUCGACAGACAUGAGACUGCGAGCCACGCCAGCUCAAGGUUCACUGCUGUGGUGUGACCUCCAGCAUCAACAAAUGCAGCCCCGUCACAAUUAUCACCCAGUAGCAUCAUAUUUCACGUGCUUGUCAAAAAAUGCAUUCAUUGCCAUUGAAUAGCAGGUUAUAGCUCUGUUGCGUGACGAAGCUGCAGGCAGUAAAUUCUUGUACAUUGUUUUAAAUCAUAAAAGUAUGUUUUAUUCCUGCUGUUAGUUAGGAAAUGAAACGUUGAAUUGGUGAUAUUUUCUGCUCAGAACGUGAUUCACUGCGAUGCACUGUGACGUUUUCACUGGGUGUGAGCUUUUACUCAUCAGAUCCAGAUUGAUAACUUCCGCUCUUAGUGUUUUAAAUUACACUUUGACUGCUGUACCGCAGCCCAUAAACUGACAACUGAGUGGUACUCGGUUGUAAAGGUGAGGGAAGGACAGCUUUUCUUGUUUUGCAAUCAGCACGUUAAUGAAUGGAUUUGUUUAAUACCUAAAGAUAAAUACAAUUAUGAGUAUGAGCGUCAGCACACCCCUAGUUUUCUUAUUAGCACUAAUCACUGGCCAAUACAAGCAUAGAUCAAAGAUCUUAUGUCAUUGGUCCCAAAUAUUCAAUAAGACUGACAGCGGCCAUUCCAACACUAGAACACUAUGGACAGGAAGCCAAAGACAACUCUAGCUGAAGAGUCCAAAUGGAUGAGGGCUGCGUUUGUUUCAUUGAGGGUUGGCGUUGCACUGGCCUCAAUCCUGGAACUGCUUGUAUUUGGUAAACAGGUUUUUUUUUUUUUACAUGUUCUUCUUGAAUUCAACUUCGAGUCCUAACAUGAAUUUGUAUCUUUAUUUGAUUUUUUUAAACUAAAAAUGAGAUCAAUUCUUUUUGUCCUUUUUUUUUCAAUGUAUUUAUGCAUUAAAGGAUAGACCAAGGUGA